AUGAUUACAUCGGUAAUAAUCCGGCAAAAGGGGGUUUGUUUAGAGCGGGCUCAAUGGACAAUGGAGAUGGAAUAGCGGUUGGUUGGUUAGGGCAUCCUAUCUUUAGAGACAAAGAGGGGCGUGAACUUUUUGUACGUCGUAUGCCUACUUUUUUUGAAACAUUUCCGGUUGUUUUGGUAGACGGAGACGGAAUUGUUAGAGCGGAUGUUCCUUUUCGAAGGGCAGAAUCAAAGUAUAGUGUCGAACAAGUCGGUGUAAUUGUUGAAUUCUAUGGUGGUGAACUCAAUGGAGUCAGUUAUAGUGAUCCUGCUACUGUGAAAAAAUAUGCUCGACGUGCUCAAUUGGGUGAAAUUUUUGAAUUAGAUCGUGCUACUUUAAAAUCAGAUGGUGUUUUUCGUAGCAGUCCAAGGGGUUGGUUUACUUUUGGACAUGCUUCGUUUGCUCUGCUCUUCUUUUUCGGGCACAUUUGGCAUGGUGCUAGAACCUUGUUCAGAGAUGUUUUUGCUGGUAUUGAUCCAGAUUUGGAUGCGCAAGUAGAAUUUGGAGCAUUCCAAAAACUUGGAGAUCCAACUACAAAAAAACAGGGAGUCUGA